UUUGGAAGACAAGCUUGUGAGCAAACUUACCUGAGGACAAUGCUUGCGUAGCCUUAACCCAAAUCGCAGUUUAUCAAUGUUUGUAAUUUUCAUCUGCGUCUUUUAGGAAUUAAGCAUCUUUAAUGUUACACCACGACCAGUAAAACGUUUGGUUAAAUGAAUGUCAUUGAAGGUGGCGUCAUCGCAACUGGUGCAUUAUGGUUCAUUUGAGGCCUGUAUCUAACCUGAGAGAUCAGCUGUCUCAACAUCCUCCUGUGGUUGUGUUUUUCUUGUGCAUACUGAUUCUCUCUAUAACUUUUGUUAGUUUUGGGCUUUACUCUCGGUAUCACGAUAUAAAGAACCCUGAUAUAAGUUUAGACUGGAACCAGGUUUUGGGUUCUAUUGCUGGUUUCAGUUUCUGCACACAUUUAAAUGAUACAGAUGCACAUCUGGAGGAAGACUCUCCCCGUAUGGUGGAGCACGCAGACACGAUUACAACUAACGUUUCCAUGAACACUUCUCAUGUUUCCUUAUUGGUUCCUCUGGUGAUAACAGGAGAAAUCCGAUCUGAUAGUGUCAUCAGUACUACAAUGUUGGGCAGCCAGUUGGGCAUGAAAGGAGAUGCAGCCAAUACAACAGUGAACAUUACACUUCACCUGCACAGUGGUGUUUCCAACAACCAAACUGGACCACAGCUGACCUGUCUACAGCUCACCGCUCUCACACAUGUUCUUCCUCAGACUCCGUCACCCCCAGAAUGCUCAUUGGUGGAGAACGUAGAUGAUACCACAUCACCUGUUAGGGCUGUUGCCAUCGAAACAUAUAAGCAUGAUUCCCCACACUGUUUCAAUAUGAAGUUCGCAGAAGAUCCAAGCCUGACCGUCAUGCUUACACAGGAGGAAAAAGCUGUGUGUAGGUAUCACCUUUUGUUGGUCAGCAUUUCGCUGCUGGUUUUCUGCAUCCUGAUGAGUUUCUGUGGAACAUUCUCUUCAUCAAAAUCUCAUUCUUACCAGGCGAAUGAUCUCCAAAAGGAUACGCUGCUGAGUCCAUGAGAAGAUUUGCAGAUGAUCAGCUGAAACACGCUAAGAUACCUGAAGAAUCAACACUUGAGCAUUCAACACCAAUUUAUUACCAUUUCUGCGACUAACUGAUGUCAAUGUAUUAAUUUAUUUCAUGAAUGGUUGCUGUAUUAUGAUGCAUGAGUGCAAUGUCUGCAAAAAAGAAAACAUAACCAGAAAUCAAUGGUUGUUAAGUUAUAUUAAACAUUUACUCCAAGAGUAAGACACAAGAAGGUUGUAUUUUGCCCUUAAUGCUAUUAAAUGAAGGUGGUUAACAUUGUAUUGUUGAUUGAGAUUGAAAUAAAAAUAUUAUGUUGUACCCCAGA